UGAUGGACGAUGAUUACGCGUAUCGAAAAGUGCGAACGUGGCGGUGUAACGAGUAUUUUUGAAUUCUCUUCUGUUCCUGUUAAAUAUAAUAAUUAAAUUUUCAUGUGAAUUGUGAUAUGGAAUACGGCCAUAUGAAUGUGCAAUAAUAUACAAAAACAAAAAAAGAAAUACAUUGAAAUUAAAUUAAGUUAAAACAAAAUGUCGGAUGAAUUGCUCAGCAGCAGCAGUGCCAAUGAUGAGCCGGCGGCACUUGAACCCACCGUCAUUACGACGUCUGCCGACGGCACAGCGGAUGUGUGCGAGGAUGCCGAUGUGUAUCAAUCGGAAACGGAAAAGAAAAUAAUAUUGGAAUUGGGUACACCGCCAAAACCGCAUCCGGCAAUGCCAAUGCAAAACGUAAGCGUCGCGUCAGUUUACAAUACGGAUUAUCCUUUGGAUAUGCAUUUGAGUGCCAACGCAUAUCUGAUGGCAACACAUUAUCCAUCAUAUGCAGUUCAUUCGUCACCAGAGCCUCACCACCACAUGCUGCCAUUGGUUUCUACACAUCUUACACCUCCGCCACCCCCGCCAAUUUAUAGCAAUCCUUAUGCUCAAUAUGAUAAUCAAUUAAAGCCACCUACACCUUCUGCGCCAGCGGCGAGUACGGUCUUGCCACCACAUACAAUCGCUUCAGAUGUUGCUGUGACUAGUGCGAUGUCCACAGUUACGCCUGCUGGUUACGCUAUGCAAAUUCCCCACACAGUAAGCGCUUGGCCAAUUAAUGGCGAUGGGAAAGGGAAAUCCUUAACGGAAUUGGUGCCACCGCCAAUUAGUAUCAGUUACCUGGGUGCGCGCGAGCAUAUAAUUUCGAAAGAAUCAAAUCCGUCAUGGAAGGAGAAGGCGUUGCAAUUGGAGAAAGAUUAUAAAAAGACUGCAUGUGAUAGAGAACGCACGCGAAUGCGGGACAUGAAUAGAGCAUUCGAUUUACUGCGCUCCAAACUGCCUAUUUCGAAGCCAAAUGGAAAGAAAUAUUCAAAGAUUGAAAGUUUACGCAUUGCGAUUAAUUACAUCAAUCAUUUGCAACAGUGCCUUAAGGAGAUGCCCUGUGAGAGGGAUGCGCCGACGGAAGCUGCAGCGAAUAAUGAAAUAACAGCUGUAGACUAUGUAGUAGAUAUUGGAGCUCGUCAACGUAUGUCUCAGUUCCAUUAUGAAAGCUCCCGACAACCAUUUAAAGAAAUAAAAAAGGAUACAGAUGAAUCUCAGAGUGGUGGUUGGAGUGACAGUCAGUAUUUGAGUGCGGAACAAGAGCAAUGGGAGCGGAAUGGUGUUUGAAAUUAGUUAGAGUUUUUUAAGAUUUAAGAAGUUAAAUAAAAAAACUUACUUGUUCAACGCAUCGUCUGGAUAGGUUAGUUAGAUUUUUUCAGUAUAAAAUAACUGCAAUCUGUCCAACAAAA